AUGGUGUUGGGCAUGCCGUGGCCUGAACGGCAUGACCCUAUUAUCGACUGGGAGAAGCGUACGGUCGUACGCUUCGGACGCCGCGGCGCAUCAGAGAGCGAUGGCCCUGUUAGUGCAGCGGAUACACCUAACGACACUUCUAGAAAGUUCUCCGCCGUAAGGCGUCGCGGUGACAACAGCGUGUCGACUCCGGGAGUUGACACGCCCUCGAUAUCAGAAUCGAGAAAGUUCUCCGACGUGAGGCGUCGAGGUGACAACAGUGUGUCAGCUCUGGGAGUUGCGACACACUGCUCCGCCGUAAGGCUUAGAGGUGACGACAAUGCAUCGAUAUCGGGUGUCGAUGCGACAAGUUGUGUGGACGGUUGCAAACGUCCAGCACUAAAGCUUGCGUGCUGUCGUCCAGCCGGGCUUCACGAAGCAGGGCGCGAUCAAGCCGGGCUUGAUGACGCGUGCCCGCGGGUACAAGAACCCGCCGGCGGUAUCAAGGAACAUUCGUCCAUGGCCGGGUCUGGACGAAACGCAAGUGAAUCCGGGAUUCACAAGAAGAAGCGACGGCGCAAGCACAAGACGCUGCGCAAGUCUCGGUCCUGUGUCUGCCGGGCAGACACAAGUGCCAACAGUGGCCGUCGAGACGUUGAACGUCUUGACGCGGGCCUGUACUGGGUAUCAGUACGAGAAGAUGGAGUUGGAGAACCCUCCGACUGA